CGGGAAUCAAAACAAAGGGCCUGGGGGGGGGGGGGGAGACGGUGGGGUCGGAAUGUGAGCGAAGAAGGACCUGGAGGCUGAGGGUGGAAGAAAGAUGAAAGAAUGUUGAACCACAUUGUCUGGCUAUGUGAUGGAAGGGAACGGAACUGAGAACCCUUGCAGUAGAACACUUAGAUGGCUUCACCAAGAUAAUGAUGCUAAGCCGUGGCUUUGGAAGUUCUCUGGUUGCUUUUCUCAUUCUGAGCAGACAUUGCCUCUUAGUCCCCAAACGGAAGAGUACAUGGAGAAUAAGAAAGCUGCUGUGGAGUUAAAGGAUAUACCAUCACCUCUUCAUGUUGACUCUGAACUUUUCCCAGCAGUCCCACUUCCUGAUAGUCAUUCUCUUCAGCAACCAAAAGUACAGCUCUCAGCUGUUCCCAGAGUAAGCUGCUGUGUUCAUUGUCCUAAUGAACCCUCCACUUCGCCCAUGCGUUUUGGUAGUGGUGGUGGCGGCAGUAGUGGAGGUUCUGGGAGCUUGAUUCACACGGGCUCACUCUUAGACUCACCAAGCACCAGGACAGUCACGUGUCAAGUAGGGUCGGGGUUUGCUUUCCAGUCUGUAUCUUCACCGCAGAAUGUCUCUGCUAGGAGCAGCUUGGUGGGCCUUGCGAGUGGCUUUCCAAGCAUGUGUGUAGAGAGUGACGUACCUUCCUGCAAGCACCUACCGUGUUGUGGGAAGCUCCAUUUCCAGUCAUGUCAUAGUAACAUGCACAAGCUGCAUCAGUUCCCCACUCUCCAGGGCUGCACCUCUGCUGGCUAUUUCCCCUGUUCUGAUUUCCCAAGUGGGGCUUGUGGGCGUUUGGAAGAUCAUCUUUCCCAGUCAGAGCUUACACCUCACUUGUGCACCAACUCUCUUCACCUAAAUGUGACACCACCGGUUUGUUUAAAGGGCUCACUUUACUGUGAAGACUGUCUAAACAAGCCAGCAAGAAAUAGUAUAAUUGAUGAUGCUAAAAUCUGGCCAAAUGUACUACCUCCAAGUACUCAGCCUGCACCUCGAGCUAUCCCUCUGUGUAAUGGCUGUGGAACAAAAGGGAUGGAGAAGGAGACUUCGUUGUUGGCAACCAGUCUAGGCCAUGCUGCUUCGAAAUUUGGGUCACCAGAAGUUGCAGUCACCGGACAGGUACUGGAGGCUCUUCCCCCAAUUGGUGUUUUCUGGGAUAUUGAAAAUUGCUCAGUCCCCUCUGGCCGGUCAGCAACGACUGUUGUACAGAGAAUCCGUGAGAGGUUUUUUAGAGGACACAGAGAAGCAGAGUUUAUCUGUGUGUGCGACAUCAGUAAAGAAAACAAGGAAGUUAUUCAAGAACUAAAUAAUUGCCAGGUAACUGUUGCUCAUAUAAACGCUACUGCAAAGAAUGCUGCUGAUGAUAAACUCCGUCAGAGCCUUCGAAGGUUUGCAAAUACGCACACUGCUCCAGCUACUGUGGUUCUUGUGUCAACUGAUGUCAAUUUUGCAUUGGAACUCAGUGACCUGAGGCACAGGCAUGGUUUUCACAUCAUUUUGGUGCACAAAAACCAAGCCUCUGAAGCCUUGCUGCACCAUGCUAACGAGCUGAUCAGAUUUGAAGAGUUCAUUUCUGAUUUACCCCCCAGGUUACCACUGAAGAUCCCUUGCCACACUCUACUCUACGUUUAUAACCUACCAGCAAAUAAAGAUGGCAAGAGCAUCAGCAACAGGCUUAGGCGCCUGUCUGAUAACUGUGGUGGCAAAGUGCUGAGUAUCACAGGCUGCAGUGCAAUUCUCCGCUUCAUAAACCAAGACAGUGCAGAGCGGGCCCAGAAGCGAAUGGAAAAUGAAGAUGUCUUUGGUAACAGGAUCAUUGUGUCGUUAACUCCAAAGCAUAGAGAAUUGCUUGAAGCCAAGAAUUCAAAUGCAAUUGCCGAUAAAGUGAAGUCACCGAAAAAAGUUAACACAAAGUUGUGCCUCAUCAAAGACACAAGUGAACAGUCACCCAGUGCCAAAGCCAUGCCUGGAAAAGGGUUGCAGGCAAAUUCUGGAUCUGCUACAAAAAACAUAAACAUUAAAAGUUUACAGGAAUUGUGCCGAAUGGAGUCAAAGACUGGCAGCAGAAACAGUGAGCACCAGCAAGGCCAUGGGAGGCUGGCAGCACUACCUAACGGUAGCCUAAGUACUUCAGUGCCCACGCUGAAGAACACAGGCUUGAUGGAGCCACUUUACAGAAGCAGUCAGAAAAAAGAGAACCUCAGUUCCUGGAGUGUUGCCAGCUCUCCUGUAGAGAAGAAGGAGAGAGAGGAGACUGUCUUCCAAGUGAGCUAUCCAUCUGCAUUCAGCAAGCUGAUCGCCUCAAGGCAAGUAAGCCCUCUGCUCACCUCACAGUCUUGGUCUCCGAGGAGUAUGUCUCCAAACCUUUUAAACAGAGCCUUGCCACUUGCUUUCAACGUUGCCAAUCCCAGUAGCAGUGAUAACUGCCCAGACCCAUUUGCAAAUGGUGUUGACAUCCAAGUCAGCAACGUGGACUACAGGCUGUCCCGGAAGGAGCUGCAGCAGCUUCUCCAGGAGGCCUUUUCCAGGCAUGGCCAGGUCAAGAGUGUUGAGCUCAGUCCCCAUACCGAUUACCAGCUCAAGGCCAUUGUGCAGAUGGGAAACCUGCAAGAAGCAAUCUGUGCAGUGACCAGCCUCCAGAGGCACAAGAUUGGCAGCAAGAAGAUUCUGGUCUCACUCUCCACAGGAGCUGCCAGCAAGUCACUAUCUUUACUAAGUGCAGAAACAAUCUCUAUUCUUCAGGAUGCUCCUGCCUGUUGUUUGCCUCUCUUUAAAUUUAUAGACAUCUAUGAAAAGAGGUAUGGACACAAGUUAAAUGUGUCUGAUUUAUAUAAAUUAACAGACACGAUUGCAAUCCGUGAACAGGGAAUCGGGCCGCUGGUGCGUCUCUUACCCAGCAGCCAAGCCCGCCAGAGCCCCCUAGGCUCUUCCCAGUCACAUGAUGGCUCCUCCACGAACUGCAGCCCAGUUCUGUUUGAAGAGUUGGAGUAUCAUGAACCUGUCUGCAGGCAGCACUGCUCUAAUAAGAACUUCAGUGAACAUGAAUUUGAUCCAGACUCUUACAAGAUUCCCUUUGUGGUCCUCUCUUUGAAAGUGUUUGCACCUCAAGUUCAUAGUCUUCUCCAGACCCAUGAGGGCACUGUGCCUUUGCUCAGCUUUCCAGAUUGCUAUGCUGCGGAGUUUGGUGACCUAGAAAUAAUGCAAGACAGCCCCAGGGGUGUCCCUUUAGAGCACUUCAUCACCUGCAUUCCAGGAGUGAACAUUGCCACUGCCCAGAAUGGUGUCAAAGUAGUGAAGUGGAUUCACAACAAGCCCCCACCUCCCAACACUGACCCUUGGCUUCUGCGUUCUAAAAGUCCUGUGGGUAAUCCCCAGCUGAUCCAGUUCAGCAGAGAAGUCAUUGAUUUACUGAAGAACCAACCAUCUUGUUUACUACCAAUUAGCAAUUUCAUCCCUUCAUACCAUCACCAUUUUGCAAAGCAGUGCCGGGUUUCAGAUUAUGGAUAUUCCAAGCUGAUUGAGCUACUAGAAGCAGUGCCUCAUGUGUUACAGAUUCUUGGAAUGGGUUCCAAGCGUCUGCUGACCCUUACUCAUAGGGCCCAAGUGAAACGUUUUACUCAGAAUUUACUAAAACUUCUCAAGUCCCAGGCCAGCAAGCAGGUCGUUGUGAAAGAAUUCUCACAGGCUUAUCAUUGGUGUUUCUCAAAGGACUGGGAUGUCACAGAAUAUGGUGUCUGUGAGUUGAUGGAUAUCAUAUCAGAGAUCCCAGACACAGCCAUCUGCUUGUCCCAACAAGAUGACGAUGUGGUCAUUUGUAUCCGCAAAAGAGAACGAACUCAGGAUGAGAUAGAAAGGACAAAGCAGUUCUCCAAGGAUGUUGUGGACUUGCUGCGCCACCAGCCCCACUUCCGGAUGCCGUUUAACAAGUUCAUUCCCUGUUACCACCACCACUUUGGCCGGCAGUGCAAACUCGCAUACUACGGAUUUACCAAGCUGGUGGAACUUUUGGAAGCCAUACCUGAGAUUUUACAAGUGUUGGAAUGUGGAGAAGAGAAAAUCCUGACUUUGACUGAAGUGGAGCGAUUCAAAGCUCUAGCUGCCCAGUUUGUUAAGCUUCUGCGGUCCCAAAAAGAUAACUGCCUUAUGAUGACAGAUCUGCUUACAGAAUAUGCUAAAACUUUUGGUUAUACAUUUCGUCUCCAAGACUACAAUGUCAGCUCAGUCUCUGCUUUGACACAAAAACUCUGCCAUGUUGUAAAGGUUGCUGAUCUGAAGUCUGGCAAACAGAUCCAGCUGAUCAACAAGAAGUCUCUGCGGUCUCUCACCGCCCAGUUGCUGGUGUUGUUGAUGUCUUGGGAAGAAGAUACCUAUCUUUCUGUUGAUGAGCUCAGGAGACAUUAUGAAACCACCCACAGUACUCCUCUUAACCCCUGUGAAUAUGGAUUCAUUACCUUGACUGAGCUACUGAAGAGUCUGCCUUACUUAGUGGAGGUGUUUACAAAUGAUAAGGCAGAAGAGUGUGUGAAGCUCACAAGCCUAUACUUGUUUGCAAAGAAUGUACGGUCUUUGCUUCACACCUAUCACUACCAGCAGAUUUUCCUUCAUGAAUUUUCCGUGGCCUAUACCAAGUAUGUUGGAGAAACACUGCAGCCCAAAACAUAUGGCUACAGUAGUGUGGAGGAGCUAUUGGGAGCCAUCCCACAGGUCGUCUGGAUAAAGGGACAUGGUUAUAAGAGAAUUGUAGUGUUAAAAAAUGACAUGAAAAACCAGCUGAGCUCCCUUGGCCUGUUCCCUGCCAGUCAUGAAGACCAGCCUGCAGUUAGCAGACAGAUCCUGGAGGUCUCGGAAUCUCGAAUAGCAUCAGAACUCCAGCUCAGAACAGGGCCCAGCCAGAUGGAGCAGGAACUCCUGCACCUGACCAACAGCUCCCCUGUUGACCUCCUCUGUGCUCCUGUCCCUUCAUGCCUGCCAUCCCCUCAGCUAAGACCAGAUCCUGUCAUUCUGCAAUCCACGGAUCUCAUUCAGUUUGAGGAAUACCCUCAAGAGCCUCUGGGAAUUGUAGUUUUAAACCAAGAAGAAAAAAUUGAAAUUCCAGAACCAGUGAAGGAGGGGGGGACACUGCCCUGUGACUCCUGCUCACCUUGCAGCCCAGCAUCUGCUCCUGCUCCUCCCAGUCCCUCCUUGGAAGCCCCCUCAACACUGUUCAGCAAGGACACAGUGGAAAGCCCAGCCAAAAAGCAGCCCAAAAAAAGAGUCAGAUUGGCAGCCAACUUUUCUUUCGCACCUAUAACUAAGCUUUAACUCCCAUUUAAACACAGAAUUAAGUCAGGAUGAGGGAAGAAAAACUGACUCUAUACACAAAAAUGGGCUUAAAAACCUCAUUUUCUGUCUUGGCCCCAGAAGCCAUUUUUAUAGAUGGUCCAUAGGGCAAUGUUCCUUUUGAACUUUCAGAUGAACUUUUUUUUCCCCUUUAUUUCUCUCAGUAAUUCAAAAGAACUCUGGCCUUCAUUAAGGAAUCCAUAAUAUAUUUACCAAAUGUUUCUAAACUAUUAUGAAAUGUGGGUGGGAGGGAGUAAGCAGCAAUUGAUCACUCAGCAGGAAGUGGCUUAACUACCAUUGAGCAAUCUGUCUUUUGCUUAAGCAAAUGUUGUUGUAGUUGUUGGAAAAGCCAAGCAUGUCUGUGAGCCUGUGGGUCACACACUGGGGAAUGAGUGAGCGGUAGGAGGGCCAUUUUCAGACUGACAUAGGAAGGUUCCUGGUUUCCAGGUGACUUGGUGUGCCUUUUUUUUUU